AAUAUUCCUGAAGAAAGCUUGUAUGUUAAAUGUAACGGGCGACUGGUUAACGAUGAAGAUGUACUGCAGAACGGAGCUGUUUAUAGUCUGGAACCAAGACUGUGUGGUGGAAAAGGAGGGUUUGGAUCUAUGCUGCGAGCACUCGGUGCUCAGAUUGAAAAGACAACAAAUAGAGAGGCUUGCCGAGACCUCAGUGGAAGGAGACUUCGAGACGUCAAUCACGAAAAAGCGAUGGCUGAAUGGGUGAAGCAGCAAGCAGAACGGGAAGCAGAAAAAGAGCAAAGGCGCUUGGAAAGGCUGCAGCGGAAACUUGCAGAGCCAAAGCACUUUUUCACUAGUCCAGACUACCAGCAGCAGUGUCAUGAAAUGGCUGAGCGACUAGAAGAUUCAGUCCUUAAAGGACUGCAGGCUGCUUCAAGCAAAACAGUGUCACCUGAAAAUGGCAAUAGUCGGAAACGUCCAGGUGAAUCUGGAAAUAAUGGAACAAAACCUCGAAAAAAAAAAUGUUUUUGGCUGGGAUUGGAAGGAUUGGAUGAUUCUGACAGUUCGGAUUGUGAGGACAGUGAAGAUGACUCCCCUCAUGAGUCUGAUGGAAGUUGUCCAUCAAGCAGCAGAUACAAUGAAAAUGCUGGAAACUUGACUGAAUGCUCAAGCAGUUCUCUGGAUUUGGUAGAGAAUAGUCCAUCUACCAGUGCAAUUGAGAAACCACUGGAGAAGCCAGAAGGUACUGGAAGAGAUCUGCAAGGAGAGACACACGCAGGUGGGCAAACUGGAAUUCCAGCUGAGAAAAACAGCAAAACGACGAAGCCCUUGAAGGAAGAGACCCAAGAAAAGAAUGAAGUAACCCAAGCUGUGAAAGAAGAGGAACAAGAAAGUGUUUCUUCUAAGGCACAGGAAACAAACCAGUUACAGAGCACAGAGGUGGAACCAAUAGACCUACUGGCAUUCAACUCUGCUGCUGAAAUGGAAGCUCUGGGUUUAGAUAAACUGAAGAUGGAGUUGAUGUCUUUAGGACUGAAAUGUGGAGGCACUUUAAAGGAAAGAGCAACAAGGCUUUUUUCAGUGAGAGGCCUGUCUAGAGACCAGAUCGAUCCUUCCUUAUUUGCCAAGCCCUCUAAAGGGAAAAAAAAGUGA